CCUUUGGCCAACUUGGCUCUGGGGCGGGGGUCUCCUGCCCGGGCCUGGCACUCCCUCCCAGGUGGCGCGCGCGUCCUGGGCCCGGAGUCCCCCCAUUGGCCAGCUUGCGAGCACGUGCUCCCUCCCCCUCGGCCCUUAUAGCGGGGCACUAUUUACCUCGCGGCUGCCUGGCUUGCCGAGGGCUGAGCGCGCGGGCGGGCGGACGGACGAGCGGCACCAGCUCCAGAUAGAGGAUCUCCUUCGUCCUGCCAUGAACUCUCUGCUGGAGUACCUGGCGCGGGGCGGAGAAGCCUUGGGCUUGGCGGGAGGGCAGGUCGUGGAGGACGCCGUGGGCAGCCUGCCCGCCUUGGCCCAUCCGCGUCGCCCUCCGCUGCCAGCUUGCGCCUUCUCCUCGGCCGAGGGCAGCCUCCUCCUCCGGCCCCAGCAGCCCCCCGGCGCCCACUACCCCGCCUCCCUCUUCUCCGUGGACUAUGGCGGGGGAGGGCUGGCCCAGACCUUCCAGCCCGGCGCCGAGGAGGCGCCCCCGCUGCCGCCCCCCGACUUCUGCCGCUGCUCAAGCACCUUCGAGUGGAUGAAAGUCAAGAGGAACCCCGGCUCCAACGCCGGAGCCAAAAGCAAGUUCCCGGCUUAUGGGCCCUCUCCCAGCCCCCCCAACCCGGCCAGGACCAACUUCAGCACCAAGCAGCUCACCGAGUUAGAGAAGGAAUUCCACUUCAACAAAUACCUCACCCGGGCGCGCCGCGUGGAGAUCGCCAAAGCCCUGGGCCUCAAUGACACGCAGGUGAAAAUCUGGUUCCAGAACCGGAGGAUGAAGCAGAAGAAAAGGGAGAGAGAGGGGGUGCUGAUCCCUCCCCCGGUUUCCCCCGCAGAUUCAAGCCCCCCCACGAGGCCAGGAAUGGGGGCUCCAGUCCCCUCUUCUCCCGCCCAGGCUUGAGGAGACUUUGCAGAGAUGUGGUGGAGUCGAAGAGUCCCUCUCAUCUACACGGAAAGCAAAACCCAGUGGAGAAAACCCCCUCUAAACUGCGCUUGAUGUCCUGCACUGUUUUGAGUUGGAGAGAGGAGGGAACCCCAAAGCGACCAUUGCACUAACUUUUAUUACGCCACCCGCGAAAAAGUCCGGCUUCCUCUGUCUGUAGGAUGACGAUUUGCUGCUUUUACAGAGAACCGAUGGCGAGUGAUUAUGACUUGUUUACAUUUUAUUUCAAUGCGUUUUCAGGGAAGGCUGCUCUCAGCCUCGACGUGCUGCUAAACGUUGCUGCUGGCCCAAUUGAGUGUAUUACGCUCUACUUGUUGACUCCAAAGGAAGCCUCUUGGGGCUGAUUUUUUUUAAAAGAACUAUUCAUAGGAUCUCAGCCCUUGAUGCCUUCGACAGUUUUGACGGCCUGUCCGCCUUGCCUUCUUUCUUUCUCUCCCCAACUUCACUUACAUUUUUUUUGGGAAAGGGGGUCCUAAAAAGAAAAAACCAAAGACAGGAAUUGCUGUGAGUUUUCUGGGCUGUAUGGCCAUGUUCCAGAAAGAUUCUCGCCUGAUGUUUUGCCUACAUCAAUGGCAGGCAUCCUCAGAGGUUGUGAGGUCCAGGCCUGCAGCGAGGGGGGGGGGGUAGGGGUUCAACCCCAGCCCCCCGAAAUUUUUCAGGUUAUAAAAAAAACCUGGUUUACUCAUGAAUUUUAACUGGUUAACCAAAUCCCCAUGCUAAAUCUAUGAGAAGCAAAACAUUA